AUGAAUAUAAUUAAUAUUGUUGAUAAUAAUAAUUUGUCAACUUCACGCAAAAAAAAUAAAAUUACUAGGAAAAGAAAUCCUUUAAUUAGAAAGUGCAAUAAAUGUAAGAGGUCAAGAUCUCAUAAAGAUGAGAAUGCUCAGCAAUGUAAUUUUUGUGAUCAAAUAAUUUUAAGCGGAAAUGAAUUCAUAGAUGAUUUGCUUAUUAAACUAAAUAAAAAAAGCGUUUCUAUAGAAUUUAUUCCAUACGAACAAUUUAGUAAUAUUACUUAUCUUGCUAAAGGAGGAUUUAGUGAAAUAUAUAAAGCGACAUGUUCUCAGGGCAUAAAAGGUCGUUGGAAUAGUUGGAAGCAAGAGUUUAAGAUUAAUAAUGAUAGUACAACAGUUGUACUCGAAAGUUUGAAUGAUUCGCAAAUUAUAAGUAAUGAUUUUUUAAAUGAGCUAAAAAAUUAUUUUCAAUGUUCAGAUCCUUAUAAUAGAUAUAUACGCCGAUAUUAUGGUAUCACACAGCAUCCCGAAACAAAAAAUUAUAUGAUUGUGAUGGCCUUUGCACCAGACG